UUAUUACUCCAAAUAACAGCGCCAGUCUACGAAAAGCUUUCAAAGAGUUAGCAUCAAAAUUGUCUCGCAUUCGUGCGCUUAUCAAUAUAGUCUUAGCAUUCUAAUUACAUAAGCAAUUCAAAAUGCAGCAACAACCUACAACUGUUAUUAUUGCCGGUCCACAAGUUGGUCCAGAAUCAACCAUGGUAACUUGUCCAUCCUGCAGAGCUAGUGUUCGAACUCAGGUGCGACACGAAUCCACAACUAAAACGCAUCUUAUAGCUCUUCUAUUAUGCGUCUGCUUUUGCUGGCCAUGCAUUUGUGUUCCCUAUUGUGUUGACAGCUGCAAAAAUGCGAAUCACUACUGUCCAAGUUGUGGAUCAUUCAUUGGAAGUUACACUAAUUGAAAUGCAGAAAUAAUUCCGAAUCGACUGUGUUCCUUUUUUCUAUUUUUUGUUGUAAUUAAGUGUGGUUUAGGAGCUUGUACUAUCAAAAAGUUGUGCUGAUUG